AUGGCAUCGAGCGUUGUCUCGCAGCGCGACAAUGGCACAAGGGCAACCCCUGCGCCGCCAACACCUGCGAGCUCACCACCCAUAGCCUGCAAUAACUUCCCCGAUCUCCGCGCGCGGGUCUACAGCGACAUCCUCCACAUGGGGGUCCAUGGUGCCGCCUUUGUCCGUGCCCACCACAUCGCGAGCAACGAGAACAUCGUGGGCAACCAGUACUACAAUGCCACCGUUGCCCUGUCGGCUGGCAUCCGCCUGCUCCAAGCCGAGGUCCACGUCUCCGCGGACAACACACUCGUGCUCCGCGACAGCGACAGCAGCUUCAUGGACGGCGGCCCGCUCGAAAACUGGCUCGCCCACAUCAAAUGCUGA